UAUAUUUAGAACCCAUACUAAGUAAUGCUGAUGGGGACCUGGGUGUAAAGUUUCGAAAAGUGGACCAAGGUUUUAGGCAAGUGGCACGGAUUAUCGAAUCAGAUCCCCGCCUUUCAUCACUAUUACAGUCUACAAGACUUCAAGCGAUGCUUGAUACUAUAUCCGAGCAAUUAAACUCCUGUCAGUCAGCAUUAAAUGAUUACAUUGAUGAUAAACGUUCAACUUUUCCAAGAUUGUAUUUUUUGAGUGACGAUGAUCUUCUGGAGCUACUGGGACAAGCACGAGCGGGAGCUGAGGGUAGCGAAACAGUGAUGCAGUCUCAUUUGAAAAAGUUGUUUCCUGGCAUCACUGGCGUGCAUCUCGGCCCAGGAGGCCUGUCGGUCACGUCUCUCUGUAGCCAUUUUGGAGAAACGUUUCAAUUAGACCAUCCCGUUGAUAUCGACUGCUCUGUUGAGGUUUGGCUGAAAAAUUUAGAACAAGAAAUACGUUCAUCGCUAAAGAACAUGGCAUUAAAAUGCUUAGUGGCAAAUUCUUUGCAAGAUCAAGAUCCAUUUUCGCUUCCGACGCAAAUAUUAUGCUUAGCGCAAAAUAUUAGAUUCACUGAACAAGCAGAGAGAGCUAUUACGUCCAAAGAACUACACAAGUUAAAAGAUAUUAUUGAAAAAGAAAACUUGUAUUACGCAGCAGCCGAAACCGAAGAUGAGUGUGAGAAAUAUAAAAAACAAGCUUUGAUAUUGCAGUGUGCAUAUUAUGUGUCGAUUGUGCAAAGUUUAAUUAAAAAUAAUGUUGUGACAACUAGUGAUUGGAUUUGGCAGAAACAACUCAGAUUCUACCUACAAAAUAAAACGGAAGUCGUAGCUAAAAUGGGCUUAGCUCAGAUUUCAUACUCGUAUGAAUAUCUCGGCGUAAAUACUGGACAAUUCGUGAGAACGGAAACGACCGAUGAAAGCUUUCUUAUUUUGACUCAGUCCUUACAUCUGGGGUUAGUGGGAAAUCCUAUCGGGCCCGCUGGAACAGGCAAAACGGAAUCGGUUAAAGCAUUAGGAUGUUUAUUUGGCCGAGUGGUUUUAGUCUUUAACUGUGACGAAGCAAUGGAUGCCGAAUGCAUGGGCCGGCUGCUGACCGGGGUCGCGCUGUGCGGCGCGUGGGGGUGCUUCGAUGAGUUCAACCGCCUGUCGGCCGCCACGCUCGCCGCCGUGUCGCACCAGUUUGCCUCGCUGCUGGCCGCCACGCGCCGCGUCGACCCGACCGGCGCCGGCGACCGCACGGCGCUUCUCAACGGCAAACAGGUGAUCGUGUCGGAAUGGUGUGGCGUGGCGGCGACUAUGAACCCGGUGACCCGUGGCUAUGGCGGGCGACGCUCGCUGCCCCCCGCGCUGCAACACGCGCUGCGCCCGCUGGCCCUGCGGCCGCCGCCGCGCGCCGAGCUGGCGGCGCGCUUGCUGGCCGCGUAUGCCGCGCAGCCGCACCUGCAGCCGGAGCGCCUCGCCGACGACUUAGACGCAGUCUUCACGCUAGCUAGCACGCUGCUGAGCGCGCAGCGGCACUACGACUGGGGCCUGCGCGCGCUGAAGGCGGCGGUGGGCAGCUGCGGCGCGGGGCUGCGCGGCGCCGGCAGGGCGGGCGGCGCGCGCGCGGCGCUGCGCGACGUGCUGCGCCUCAACAACCUGUCCAAACUCACGCGCCACGACGCGGACUGUUUUGAAAAUAUUUUGGCCAUGGUUUUCGCUGAUGUCCCGGAAAAGGAAUCGGCCACAGAUCCUCUCUAUAUAGCGCUCGAGAAUACGGUCGGUCGGCUCGGUCUGGUGAAUAACAAGUUUCAGAUUCGAAAAUGCAUGGAGCUCUAUGAACAGUUACAACAACGAAUGGGUGUAGCGAUUGUGGGGCCUCCAGGAUCCGGUAAAAGCACUAUUCGGCAAAUAUUAAAAAGUGCGCUGACGCAGCAAGGUAAAAACAUAGUGGAAUACGUAAUAUGCCCGAAAGCGAUGUCCCGCAGCUGGCUGCUCGGACACAUCGAGCUCGACACGCGCCAGUGGACCGACGGCGUCAUUUCCACCGUCGCGCUCGAAGUGGCAAACCAACCGGAAGACGUAUGGUCGUGGGUUGUGUGUGACGGCGACAUAGAUCCGGAAUGGAUUGAAGCUCUCAACUCCGUACUCGAUGACAACCGCCUCCUAACACUGCCGUCGGGCUGGAGAGUUCAGUUUGGACAAAACGUUAACUUCAUCUUCGAGACGCACAGCUUGGAGUACGCCUCGCCUGCGACGAUUUCGAGAAUGGGAAUAAUAUUGUUUAGUGCCGAAAACCAUUGUUCGCAAGAAAUUUUAGAUAGAUGGGUACAAAGCAAGGAAUUUGAUAAUGAUACUGCAAAAUCAGCUAUUCCAUUUUUGCAUCUAACCUUAAACAAGUGCCUAAAGUGGCUGACUGUACAUCAAGCUGACGUCACAACGAAAGAUUGCCACAUGUCUUUGGUGAGACAAAUAUUAUCGAACUUCGAAUAUAUAGCACAAGAAAUUACGUUCAAAAAUAAUCCGCAAAGUGCAGAGGAUAUGGUUUGGUCAGCCGUACAACUCAGUACUAUGGGAAUCAUAAAACAAAGCGCAAUCGAUAGUUUCUAUGAGGAGCUGGAGAUGCCGCUCGCGGAAGGCGGCGCGGCGGGUGACGUGGUGGGUGAUGCGGGGGGUGGCGCGGAGUGGGCGGAGGGCGUGCUGCGCAGCGCGCGCGUGCGUGCGUGCGAACCCGCCCUGCGCGCCGCCGCGCACGCCGCCGCGCACGUCGUUGUCAUCGGGCCGGAGGCGAGCGCCAAGACUCUUUUAGCCGAAUAUAUUUUAAGGGAAUCCAACUCUACGAUAAUAACAAUAAACUGCACUCCAAACCUAGAACCGGCGGACAUCAUUGCAGAGCUAAAGCGGAAGAACGCCGUUGGCAGCGCAGGGCGGGGCGCGGGGCGGGGCGCGGGGCCCGUGCUGCUGGUGCGGGCGCUGCACCGCGCGCGCUGCGACGCCUGGGGAUCCUCGCCGGUGCACUCCUUCCUGCUGCAGGUGAUACAGCAGCACGGGUUCUGGUGGCGCGAGGAGGGCGCGCCGCAGUGGCAGCCGACGGGCCGCGUGCGCGCGCUGUGCACGGCCGAGCGGCCGCCGCGCGCGCGCCUCGCCGCCGCGCUCGCGCACGUGCACCUGCCUGAGGCCGACGAUGAGGAGUUACUCGAACUAUCGAGAAGUUAUUUGUCCGAGAGUGUCCCCAAGAACAUAACGGAAAACGAUAUUUUUAAUUUGUCUCGUAAUAUGAUAUCAUUGUACAAAGAGGUAACAAAAACUUUCCACUUGAAAUCUCAUUACAAAUGGAACCCGUCUCACCUCAAACAAUGGUGUGAAAACAUAAAAUGGUUUUCUCCUAACGAUUUACAGCAAGUUGUCACGGCCUUGAAUGCAAUGGCGAAUAUAAUAUUCAAAAAUAGAUUGGUCACGAAUGAAGAAAAAUCUGAAUAUAUCACAAUAGCUCAAAAUUAUUUAAAAACUGACUAUAAUAUAUAUUUCAUACCCAAACUCCGCAAUGAUGGUGUUUAUUUGAUACCCGUGGAUUACAAGGAGUGGUACGAAAACACUCAGAAAUUAAUCAACCAGUGUUUGACCGAUGACGAAAACUGCUUCGGUGAAUCUGGUAUAGAAGUCUGCGCUGAAUUGUCGGUUUUGAUUCCGGUCAUCGCACUCGCUCUGAACGGCGGCGGCGCGAGCUGCGCGGGCGGCGCGGGCGCGGGGCGGCGCGCGGCGGCGCGGCUGCUCGGCGCCGUCGCGGGCGCGCGCGUGGCGCUGCUCGACCGCGCCGCGCUCUUCCACGCCGGCUUCAAAAACGCGUUGACGUCGGCAAGUGAAGGUACCCGUACGUUAAUAGUGUUGUGCGAGCCGGUAGUUACGGACGACUUACUGGCGUGUGUCGAGGCCUUCUUGAGCGCCACCUCCAUACACGCAUUACCUAUGAUCAUCAUUCCAUCCUCCGGACCAGCGCAGCAGACGGAGCAAACGUUUAUAAACAUGAAAAAUAACUUAGGUAUAAUGAUUUGCUUGGACAAAGACCAGGAUAACUUGACCGGAUUGCUAGAUUCCUAUCCGCUGCUAUACAACAAUAACUUUUUAUGCUGGCUCUCACAUUGGUCGGACGAAACCUUGAAAGACAUGCCGGCACUUCUGAUACAGAGGUUAUCGAAAGAGAAUGCUCUAGAAAUGUCUCAAGAUGAUAUGAAAAGCAUUCCAGUACAAGGGUUCGUUGAUAUAUACAAGAGCUUAGACGCAGAGCGAGUGCGUACGCCUUCUCGGUAUAUGCAUUUUAUAAAGACGUACUACAAAAUUUUCAAUAUCAAAAAACAAGCGUUACUACAACGGCGCGAUACCUUAUGUGCCGGAGUUGAAGCACUUCGUCGGGCUCGUAGUGAGGUAGCGACGUUACAGGAAGAGGCGGCGGAACAAGAGGUGGCUUUAUCAGAGAAACAGGCAAAAGCAAAUCAAGCUCUGGACCAGAUAGGGGCCACGGUACGGGCUACCACUGAUAAGAAGGAGGAAAUGUAUCAGCUGAAGAAGAAUAUUGAAUUGGAAAAUGAAAAACUACAAAUUCAAAAAAAAGAAAUUGAGGAGGAAUUAGCUUCAGUGGAGCCAGUCAUAGCAGCGGCCCGGGCGGCGGUCGGCGACAUAAAGGCCGAGUCUCUGAGUGAAGUGCGUUCCCUCCGUGCUCCUCCCGACGUGGUGCGCGACGUGCUAGAGGGCGUGCUGCGGCUCAUGGGAAUCGCUGACACGUCCUGGCACUCCAUGAAGAAUUUUCUCUCCAAGCGUGGCGUCAAAGAGGAUAUACGAUGCCUGGACGCGCGCCAGAUCAGCCCCGAGGCGGCGCAGUCGGUGGAGCGCCUGCUGCAGCGGCGCGGCGCGUCGUUCGAGCAGGCGGCGGCGCGCCGCGCCAGCGCCGCGUGCGCGCCGCUCGCCGCCUGGGUGCGCGCCAACCUCGACUACGCGCGCGCGCUCGCCCGCGUGCGCCCGCUGCAAGACCGACAGCGGCAGCUGCACGGAAACCUCAAACGAGCGGAGGACGAGCUGGCGGCGCUGUCGAGCGGGCUGGCGACCGUGGACGAGCGCGUGGCGGCUCUCAAGGAGCAGCUGGGGCGACACACGCGCGAGGCGGCCGCCAUCGAGCUGCGACUGAGCACCGCCGUGCAGACCAUCAGCGCCGCCAGCGACCUGCUCGACCGGCUCGCGCACGAGUACGACUCGUGGGAGAAUGAUCUGCAAAAUAUUACGAUUGAAAUAUUGGAAUUGAAUCAACGGUCUCUUUUAGCAGCUGGAUAUCUCACGUAUCUACCUGACCUGACCGAACCGCAAGCUCGGAACUACCUUUCCAAAUGGUGCUCAUUGAUAAACUUCGAGGAUACGACGUUCUCGUUGAUAAAUUUCUUGUCAACUCCCGAAAAGCAAUUAAAGUGGGAAGCAAAUGGCCUACCUUUAGAUCAAUCUGCGUUCAAAAAUGCCGUUUUCGUUGAACAGUACUUGGAACAGUCGUCCACGCUGACGCCGCUGCUAGUGGACCCGGAGGGCGAGGCGGAGGUGUGGCUGCGCAGCACGCUCGCGCACGCGGACUUCGUGCCGCAGCACGAGCCGCGUCUCGCCACUGCGCUGCACCUCGCACUGAGACUGGGUCGUACUCUAGUCAUAACGGAGGUGGAGUGCAUAGAAGAGUGGUGGUGGAGUACGAUGCGGGGAGCGGCGGGGGGGCGCGCGCGCGUGCUGCUCGCCACGCGCAGGCCCGCGCUCGCCGGCGACGUGGCCACGCACUUCCGCGCCGCACUCGCGCCGUUACACUUCACUGCGCGUCUGCACGCACUCGUAGAUCAACUGGUACACGGCGCAUUUUAUAAACAAAAUCCAGAGAUGAAAGAAAAGUCGAAGGAAAUUAAACUAACAAAGGCCACGCUACAGAAACGACAGCACGAGUUACAGGAAAACCUCCUAAAAGACCUAUCGGGCAACGCGGACAUACUGCACGACGCGAACCUGCUGGCGGCACUGGAGAAGACGCGCAGCACGAGCGCCACCAUCUCGCAGGCGCUGGACGAGGCGCGCGCGCUCGUGGCGCACACGCGCGCCGCGUGCGAGGCGUACGCGCCCAGCGCCGCGCGAGCCGCCUCGCUGGCGCUGGCGGCGCGCCUCGUGACCGCUCUGCCGCCCGACGCGCUACUCGACGUCUUCGUCGGUGCCGUCGCUAGGUCGGAGAAUAAUCCGAAAAAUAUAAAUAAUGACGAAGUUGUAAAGUACUUCACGCGGAAAAUCAUAGAACGUGUGUUGUUGGGCCUGCACAAGAAAGACAAGUAUAUCGUCGUUAUGCACCUAUUGCGCCAGGUCUACGACAAUCUUAUUCCGGAAAAGCUUUGGCAAAUAUUUAUCGGAAAUUUCAAUCUCAUUGAAGAUAAAGAUCUUACGAGAACGAUGAAAACUCAAUUCCAGUGGAUAACGGACGAUUGUGUGAAGAGAGUUGCACAAAUAAAGGUUCAUGAUGAAAACUUGUUUAAUCGCCUCUCUCUCGGGACGUCCGCCAUGUGGCUGGAAUUUCAAAAAUUGGGAGAUCUACACACCCUGAGUAAGCUGAAUCUGGAACCAUUCGAGUGCGUCGUCGCAGUGGCGGCGUUGCGACCGGAGAGCACGUAUCGGGCCAUCGUAUCUUUCGUCGACCAAGUGUUAGGCGCGGGCGCGGUGUCGGGCGCGCACACGGCGCAGCGCGCGGCGCUGUGGUCGCGGCCCACGCGGCCCGCGCUGCUGCUGGCGGCGCACGCGCACGACGUGCUGGCCGCGCACGCGCACGCGCACUCGCGUACGCUCACUACGGUGGGCAUCGACGAAGGAAUUAAUGUGUGGGAAGCGGCUUUGGAGACAUCUCGAGGUGGAAGCUGGCUCGCUAUAAGAGUCGGUGCUUCGCCAUUUACACGCGAUCUGUUAUCAUUCGUUGUGUCACUGUCGGAGAGACCAGCGAGUGAUUUUGGUGAUGAUUUUCGAUUAUGGAUACUGGCGGAAGAUCGUGACAUUCCAUCGACGUUAUCCACGAGCUGUGUCAAAGUCGUCCUUGAAUCACCGGAGGGCGUGAAGCGCAACGCGUGCGGCACGCUGAGUGCGUGGACGCGCCUGCGAGCGGACGCGACGCUGCUGCGACACCUCGCCGGCCUCGCACUGUUCCACGCACUCGUGCAGGAGCGCCGCGCCUACAUCCCGCAAGGUUGGAGCCAGUGGUACGGCUGGGAGUGGGGCGACGUGAGCGCCAGCGCGGCGGCGGCGCGGGCGGCGGGCGGCGAGGAGGCGGCGCGCGAGCUGUGCGGCGCGCUGUACGCGGCGCGCGUGGGGCGGGCGCGCGACCGCAGCGUGCUGCACGCUCUGGCGCGGCGCUGCCUGCGCGAGCCGCCCGCUCCCUGGCCGCGCAGCGACCGCCUGCAGGACUACGUAACGGCUAUGGAGGCACUACCCGAUAUCGACUCACCGGAACUGCUGCAACUGCCGGCCAAUUGCCGCGUGGCGUGGGAAAAGAACGCCGCUGAUAACAUAAUUGCAGGAUUAAGAGAAUUAAACUCGACCGUCAAUACAAAAGUGAGUGGCGAUAUAACACCGGUGAAGACACUUUUAUCAUUAUGGAAGAAAAUGAUGUCCGGAAGUCCUCUCAUUAAAGCCGAUUACCACGUUGAAAAGGCUCGCGGCUGGUGGGGCGCGGUGUGCGCGGGCGAGCUGCUCGACGCCGGCCGCGCCGCGCGCGCGCUGCACGCCGCGCUCGCCGCGCGCGCGCGCCGCCACGCGCCGCUGCACGAGGUACCGGACGAGUGGCAGCUGCUGUGGUCGGGACCGACGGCGCCGGAAGCUUACAUCAAAGAAUUUUGUCACCGAGCUCGCUCGGCCGUCGAGAGAGUGGGCGGGCCUGAAUUUAGCGAAGACUAUAUGCCUACAGAGGUCGACUUGCGACAGUUCUUCCGCCCCGCGCGCGUGCUGUGCGCGGCGCGGGCGCGCGAGGCGGCGCGACGCGCGUGCUCGCUGCAGGCGCUCGCACUCGUCGCCAAGUGGGACUGCCCCGCCGGUGUGUGUCUUAUACAAUUAUACUAAUGCAAGAAUUUAUAA